AGCGAAAGUUAUGUAGUUAACCUGUUACGAAAAACAUGCUCUGCUAUCAGCCGUGAGCCUUUUUCUCUCCUCCAGAAUAAACAGAAAUUUUAGAUUCAGCCAUGAACAAUUUGAAGAUCAUACUCGCCUUCUCCAAUAGCGCUCGGAGGAUAAUUCAGACCCAUACACUUACCUUUGUACCAAGGAGGACGUAUGCAUCUCAUCACACUUUGCUGUCUCGCUCAUAUGGGUGUCCACAUCAAGCUCUGAGGGGAAAGGUGUGGCUGGUCCCUCGCCAGCCAAAGUCUACCACUGCUGCCCAAGGAGAGAGAGCAGAUGAUAUUUUUCUGAAGUGGUUCUUGCUGCUGAUACCCAUUACCACAUUUGGCCUUGGUACAUGGCAGGUCAUGCGAAGACAGUGGAAAUUGCAGCUUAUUGAGGAGCUGAGAUCCUUGACCACAGCUGAACCAGUCCCCCUACCCACUGACCCCAUGGAGCUGAAAACCCUGGAGUACAGGCGGGUGAAGGUGCGGGGGAGAUUCGACCAUUCUCAGGAGAUCCACAUCCUACCGCGUUCCCCCGUAGACCCAGAGAAGGAGGCACGACAGGCGGGCCAGCUCGGCUCCAGUGGAGAGACUGGGGCCAACAUCGUAACCCCAUUCUACUGCACAGACUUGGGGAUCAAGAUUCUUGUGAAUCGAGGAUAUGUCCCCAAACAGAAGAUCAGGCCAGAAACCAGAAUGAAAGGCCAGGUGGAAGACGAAGUGGAUGUUGUUGGGGUGGUGCGACUGACAGAGCAACGCAAGCCGUUUGUACCCCAUAACAACGUAGAGGCGAACCGCUGGCACUACCGCGACCUGGAGGCCAUGUCUAUGGCCACAGGGGCAGAAGCAAUCUUCAUCGAUGCUGACUUAGCUAGCACAAUUCCUGGAGGUCCAAUUGGCGGUCAGACUCGCGUCACCCUACGCAAUGAACACAUGCAAUAUGUUAUAACAUGGUACAGUUUAUGCUCUGCAACAUCCUACAUGUGGUACCUGAAGUUCAUCAAGCGUGUUGCCUUGUGAAUGCAGGAUAUUUGUGAUUGUCUGAUGUGUGGUGUAAAAAAAAAAAUGUAAAUAUGUAAGAGAAUAUUUAUAGGACCACAUUAUACGAAGAUAAAGCUUGGCUGUGGCAAAUGGAUUAGGGUCAGUUUAGGAUACUACUACUAAGCAGUAAUACAAUUUACAUUCUGACUUGUGGAUUCUGGGUUAUUAUUAAAUCCAACAAAUUCAGAAAUGUCCGAUAUGUACUUGUACAUUUAAAAACUGUCCAUAUCCAUCAUAUAAAUGCAGAUUGGUCAUAAACAUGUGGACUAUGAAUUCCUUCUGUUUAAAAAACGGCAUAGAACACAAAUACGUAAUUUGGAUAAUCUGAUCCGGCCACUGUCCAGACGUUUUGUGUGGUGGAAGUGUUAUACUAAAUGACAGCUGCAGUAUCAUGGUCUGUUCAGCCAUUGUAAACAAUUUUGUUGAGCUUCUGCAUUCUUUGGAUGAGUGGAUUGGAAUGUGAAGCCUUAUAAAAACAAUUAAAAAAAAACCAAUU